AUGGGAUUUGAUGGAUCUUUGAGGCCUAAACAACAUCGUCCAUAUGCACCACCGCCACCACCAUCAACAACUACAGCGAAUGGAAAUCAAGCAUAUAAUCGCCAAAUUGGACAAUUAAGUCAUCGUUCAGCCCCAUCAGUAGCAGCAGGAUCAUCAGGCACUAGUAGAGUGUAUCUUAGUAACAGCCUUUAUCCUGUUACAGGAAGCUCAACAGUGCCAACGAUGGGCAGUAGUUCUAUCCCUAUGAUAGAUUCCAUCCAACAGAUGUCAAUUCCACCACCACCGAUAGUUCGCUCAUCAAGUCAUGAUAUGCUUGUGUCUGAAGAACCAUCUAGAAAAGAAGUCGAAAUCGUGAAAGAAAUUUACCACAAAAAGCCGGGCCUUGCAGAACGCGUUGCUUAUUUCAAAGAAAACGGAAUUGGUUUCGACGUCACUUUUGUGAUUGGACCUCCAUCAAAUAUGCUGCAAUUUAAAGCUCAUCGUAUGGUAAUGGCUGCUGGGUCAAAAGUAUUCGAAAAAAUGUUAUUCAGUGAAGCGGAAUCUUCAUCACCAGCAUUAAAGAAGCGUAAAGGAUCAGAUCUGAGUCAGCCCUUGGUCACUGUGGAGUUUUCUGAUAUAGAUCCUGUAGCAUUUAAAACAAUCAUUGAUUACAUGUAUUCGGAUCUCGAUGAAACGACCAUUGAAAUUGCUGAAUCAGCGGUACUCAAUUCUUUGUAUGCAGCCAAGAAGUUUGAAAUCUCAGCUCUUGAAAAGCAUUGUGUUGAAUUGCUUGGUGAACUAACUCCAUCAUUGGCAGUGGCAUUAUUGGAACAAGCAGUUAAUUUUGGUUCAGACGAAUUGCUGGAACGCUGCUAUGAAGUUAUUGAUGAACGCAGUGAUGAGGCACUGUCAUCAGAUGCAUUGCUCACUGUCAGUAUCGAAACAUUAAAGAAACUUGUUAAACGAUCCGAGUUGUCGCCAUCAGGAGAAUUAUCUGUCUUUAAAGCAGUGUGUAACUGGGCUGAAGCGGAAUGUGAACGCCGUAGGAUUGAUGCUACUGUAGCGAACAAACGCCUUAUCGUUAAAGAUAUUCUACAAGAGGUGCGUUUCCCGACGAUGACCGUUGAUGAAUUAGCUGAAGCAGCAAAUUCUGGUCUUCUAGACGACAUGGAAAUUGGUAUUUUAUUUCGUUAUGUAACAUCCACAGUUCAGUUGGGUAUCAGCUUACCAUACCCAACAACUGAGCGAAGAAUUUUAAGUCGAUCGCGAUAUGUUGUUCGGCGUUUUAUGAAUUUGAACAAAAACACAUGCAAGAAGCAACGCAGCUCGAUAUGGUAG